UUGGACGUGACUUCGCCGCUGGACGAGCUCACACGUGUGGUCGAAGAAGCGCACAGCCUUCAUGGAGGGAUCGACUUCCUCAUCAACGACGCCGGGUACUGUCAGGUCGGUGGGUUAGAAAAGCUCACGUACGAUAGCCUGCCUCAUAGUCACGCCCGGUUCGCAACCAACGUCUUUGGUCCGCUGAACGUCACGAGGGCCAUCCUUCCCUACACGCGCGCCAGACGAUCGGGAGUCAUUGCCAACUUCUCCAGUAUUGGGGCCUGGCGCGGCACGCCGGCCGUGGGGAUCUAUGCGGCCUCCUAAUGGGCCGUCAGCGGAAUCACGGAGACGCUGCGCCUCGAGCUGGCCGAGUUCAAUAUAAAAGUAUGCGGUAUUGAGCCGGGGUACUUCCGGUCG